GCGAAAGGAAAGAAAGAGAGGCGACACAGAACGGAGGAGGAAAGAGAUCUGGCGGGCUUAGGAGGAGAAGAGAAGAAAGAAAAGGAGACGAGAGAGUGAGAGAGAGCGAGGGCGAGAUGGACGAUUACGCGAGGGAGAUGAUGGACCUCAAGACCCUCGUUACUCGCACUCUGGAAAAGAAAGGUGUGCUCGCCAAGAUUAGGGCUGAGCUUAGGGCAAGUGUUUUUGAGGCAAUAGAAGAAGAGGAUCAGGUUCUUCAAAAUGAAGAGGGCGUACCUCCUGCAUUGCUCGGUAGCUGCAAUGAUCCUGCUAAGCAGCUGCAUGCCUCUUCUUCAGGAAGGCUACUUACAGCAUUAAUAUGUGAAUACUUGGAGUGGGCCCAGCUAGGCCACACACUUAAAGUUUACUUGCCUGAGUGUAAUUUGCCAAAGGACUUUUGGAAAGCUGAACUGAGAGAUUUCAGUAGCAAAAAUGGUUAUGACAUGAAUAGGGGUGGUGAAAGUGGUCCUUUACUUUUAGAUGUUCUCGAAGGAUAUCUAAAAUAUGAGAACUUGUCUCAAGCAAGAGCGGCAGGAAGGAGAAUAAUCAAUAUGGAGACUGACUCUGUGUCAAACACAGAGCCCAGAAACACUCGGAGGCCAUCAUCAUCAUCCGUUGCUGGAGGCUUACCUCCAUUGGGAAGGCCAGUCCCGGUUUCCCAGUCAGCAGACAGGAGAUUAGGCUCCUCAGCUUCUAGCAUCCGGAAGGAUGAAUACAAUUGGAGAUAUGAUGCUGAUGAGCUUUCAGAAGAUGUGAUUCGAGCUUCAAAUGCUUUAGAAAACAUUCAGUUGGACAGAAAAGCACGGAACUUGACAACAUCUUGGAGGCAUGCUGCUGAUGAUGGUAUCAUGGAGGAUGAUGGCAAGGUGGAUGAUCGUUAGUGUCAUUUGUGGAUUGUGUUUGUAAUUUCCUGUCUUCCUUCUGUUUGUCUGAAUGAUAUCAAAAUGUAGAAGCCAGUUUAUGGAAGAUUGUAGUAUGUGCUCUUGGUAAUUUAUUUUGUGUUUUUUUUUUCUUUUUACUGCAUUUAAGCGCAGAUGGCAGUCUAAAAUAUCAAUUUAAGCACGUUGUAGCUGACUCCUGAUAUGCUAGGCAUGGAUGCCGUUGAGCAUGAUUUAGUUAAAGGAUUUGCUGAGGCUUCUAUUUGGUAUUAUUAUGUAUGGUGAAUUUUUCGCACUUGGAGUGAAUAUAUGGUGUUUUGCUUGGA